UGGACACCCGCCUAGAGAGCUUCGUCAUAACACCUUUCUGAUUUCCAGCUUCAACUUCACAAGAGCAGAUAAUUCGCAUCUGCGACUACAAGUGCUCAUCGCAGAAUAGUUAUGGCACCUUUAAUUCCUUCCGCAAAGGCCACCUUGUCCUAUCCUCUCUAUGCAGUAGAUUUCGACCCCCUCGAUUCAACGCGAUUGCUUGUAGGAGGCGGAGGCGGCGCGGGGAGAACAGGCGUUGGGAAUAAAAUCACACUCCUUGAUACAUCAAAUCCCAACGAGCUCCAAGAACUGCGCGACAUCGAGCUCAGCAAAGACGAAGACAAUGUGACGAGUCUAGCAGUCGGAGUAGAUCAGGAUGGAUCGCCCCUUGUCUUCGCGGGUGUGAAUUCCAGCCCGGCAGAUAUGGAGAAGGGCAAGAAUCUUCAUUUCCGCGUCUUCAGGACGGAUGCCUCUGCGACUGCGAAAGGCAAAGCUGUUGCGAAGAAGGCGGCUGCGGAUAAGAUCACCGAGAUCUCGAGGUCUACAUUAUUCCAAGGGACAGAGAAGGAGCUGUAUCAGAGGAUUACGAGGUUAUCGAAGCCGUUUCAGGGACAGCCUCAGCUGGGCGCUGUUGCGACGGGGUUGUCCAAGGCCGCGGAAAUUGUGCUGUUCGAUACGACGUCUACGAGUCCGCCGAAGUCGAGGGGCGGGGUGCAGAGUAAUAAGGAGGCUGUGGAUGUGGAUUUCAUUCAGACGGGGAAAGACGAGUACUUCUUUGCUUACUGCGAUGAGCAUGAUAUCUAUCUGAAAAAGAUAUCUGCAGAGACGGAUGCUGAGGAGCCAGAAUGUGUUUACAUUACGCCUGCGACAAGGGACGCCCAAAGGCCGACAACUCCAAAGUUUCGGGCAUUGAGGUUUCUGUCGAAGGAUUUCAUUAUCAUGCUCACGAACAUCGCGAGUAAUAGCGGGGUCGUCCUACAGAUCUUCCGUAUACCACCCAGCGGGAAAGGCCAAUGCCGACUCUCACAAUCAAUACGCCUCCCCUCGAGAAUAACCAAAGCCACCGGCCUUGCAGUAUCGAACCUCACUCCUCCAGUCUCACCUACCUCACCACAAGGAUACACGCAAUUUGUCAUCGCUGUUGCUGGCCACGAUAUCUCGAUUUCCCUUUUCAAAGUCGACCUCCAAGUCGAAGGAACCGUCUCCCUAGUAUCCAAAAUCAAACCCUUCCGCACCUUCAAAAACGUCCACCCACUCCAAAUAACCGGCCUAUCAUUCUCCAACUUCACACCUCCAACUCACCCCGUCACGGCCCAAACUCCUCCACAGCAUCUCAAACUCGCAAGUGUAGGAGUAAGCAACACGGUAGUAGUGCACACCCUCCCACUCUUCCCCGUCCCCCUAUCCGUCAAGCGAGGCCAGUCCAAAACACCACGCUACGUCGUCGCUCUACCAUCCUCAGCCGCCGUCUUCGGAAUGGGAAUCCUAGUCUCCAUCAUCGGCAUCGCACUAGCAUCUAUCAUCAUCCAAGGCAUUCUCGAGAUCCGUGGCGGUGUACCCGUUUACCUGAACGCGAGGAAUCGUCUUCCUAUUGUGUUGCAGGAGAAGUUAGGAAGGCCGUAUGAGUUCCCUGAGGGGUAUAAACCCGUUCCGUCAAGUCUCGGUAGCGAUACUGCAGUUUCCAAAAUCAACGUCCACCCUACAGGUAUAAACCACCACCAUAUUGGCGUCCCUCUCGACUCAGACACUGACCCAGAAUCAACAGACGGAUCCGGACCCGCUUCCACCACGCCUACCCCCCUCCCAGAAUUCUUCCAAGACCUAAAACUGCAACAAAAAGCCUUCUCAGACUACGUCGUGGUCCUCCGCGAAGGAGAGGGGGAAAGCGACGAGGCCGCUGUCGAGAUGCACGUCCACGACGAGGAGAAGCACGGCAAGCACGAGGCUAAGACGUGGGAGGAGUUGCCGCGGGAGCAGAAGGAGGGUUGGAAGAGAAGGUUGAGCGAGGCGGGGCAUUGGGCGGAGGAGAUGGGGGAGAGUGUUUUGAAGGGGGUGCUGUUUAGUGAGCUUGCUGGGGUGGUGGGCGGUGCUGUUAGGGGGUAGAGGGGAAGGGUUGAGAGGGGGAUGGAGUUGGAAAUGGGGUCGUGUAAAGUAGGAUCGAGCAGAGAGGGAAUGUGAAUAUGAAUCCAUCCAUCCCGUCGAGAGGGAGGCGGCGCGGCGGGGCGGGUUGUUGGGUGUGGGGUAUUGAGGCGCGAAUGUGAGAUGCAAUGCUCGCUCUCUAUAGAACGCUACCUUACCUACCUAAGUCAUCAUAUUGAAGGAAUAUAAAGUAAAGUAAAUCAAAGCCUACAGAUCAUCGACUCGACGAUGCGUUUGAUUUUGUUAUUGAUAUGGGUGUUGGUAUCGAAAUCGCAUCGCCUAUCAUCAAUGAAAAGAAACUUGAAGAUUGAUCCCUGGUACAUAUAUGUAAGCAUGCAUGUAUGUAUUGAGAUGUGAUGUUGGAUCUAGCUUGGCGUGUGCGUGAGUGUUUGAGAGAUGCUCGUAUCUGUAUUCUUACUUAUGCUUCAUUUCAAUAUUUGAGAUGCAGAUAUCAUUCUUGAUGGUUUCAAGGCUCGUAUGUCUACUUCUUGUAGUGGUUCGUGCCCAUGUAGGAGGAGAGGGGUAAAGUACUGACGGUAUAGCGGUACAUAAGAACUGUAGGG